AUGGCGGAUCAAGUAAGUUUUGCCUGUUUUACAUUAUUUUGCAUGAAAAACAGUUUUUAGUUUUUGAUUUUAUCUUUUAUUUGGUAUGUAAUAUAUUUUUUAUUUUCAACGUGAAUAUUCUUCAGGCUGUUGCUGAAAAGAAUCUCGGGAACGAGUUCUACAAGAAAAAGGAGUUUGCCGCUGCUCAUGAACAUUAUGAUAAGGCCAUCGAGCUGGAUCCAAACAAUAUGACCUUCUAUAACAAUAAAGCUGGUAAGAUUUUUACUUUUCUGAUUGAUUUUUAGGUAGCGUUUGAUUUCGAGAGAUGGUAUAAUAAGGUAAUGACAUUAUCAAUUUCAGCCGCAUACUUUGAGGAAGGUAAAUACGAAGAAUGCAUCAAAACUUGUGAAAAAGGUGUCGAAGUUGGUCGUGAACACCGUGCCGACUUUGCCACUAUUGCUAAAGGUUUGUCUCGGGCGGGAAACGCUUACUUGAAGUUGGGAGAUAAGAAGCAAGCUCACUUUUACUUUGGAAAAUCGUUAUCGGAACAUAGAGACCCCGAGCUGGUGAAGAAGCACAAGAAGCUUGAACAGGAGAUCAAGGAGGAAGAGAAGAAGUCUUACAUUAACCCUGAGAUCAGUGAGGAGGAAAAGGUCAAGGGAAAUGAGGCUUUUAAGAAGGGUAAGAUAUUGUUUUAGAAGUUUUUGUUAUGUAAAUAGAUUAAGAAGUUGACUUUACGUGCAUUUAAUUGAUUUUUCUUCAUGCCGUUUGUAAUUUAAUGUUCUUGUGUAGGGGACUAUCCAACUGCCAUUAAGCACUAUAACGAAGCCUUAAAAAGAAACCCGGACAAUGCGGUUAUAUACUCGAACAGAGCUGCCUGUUACACCAAGUUGAUGGAGUUCCACCGAGCUGUAGAUGACUGUGAACACUGCUUAAAACUCGACCCUAAGUUUAGUAAGUUAUUUUCUUUAUUUUUUUCGUUUUUAGUGAGUCAGAGAUUGUACAAACGUAUUAAAAUAACUUUCGAAUAUUUUUUUUGGAAAGCUGAUGUUGUUAAUCAGGAAUAAUGACAUUGGUGCUUUUGAAGCUUUCCAAUAGAUUAACAUGAUCUAUUUUUCAGUCAAAGCUUACCUUCGUAAAGGUGCUGCCCUUGUUGCUCUCCGUGAAUACAGCCGUGCUCAAAAAGCUUACGAAAGCGCCUUGUCCAUCGAUCCCAACAACAACGAAGCCCGCGAUGGUCUGAUCAACUGCGCUACCAACAACGACGAAAGCCCCGAGAAAGCUCGUGAAGCCGCCUUGAAGGAUCCGGAAGUUCAAGAAAUCCUCAGAGACCCAUCGAUGCGGAUGAUUCUGGAACAAAUGUCAACGGAUCCUGGUGCUGUUCAGGACCAUCUGAAAAAUCCCGAAGUGUUUUCGAAAAUCAUGAAACUACGUCAGGCCGGCAUUAUUCAAAUGCGCUAAUUUAAUUUAAAUUCUGGUAAAUGUUGAUUGUUAUUUGGUGUAUUGAUCUACGUUCGUCUCCGUGUAUUCUUUAUGAUAUUUCGUUUUUAAUUUGGCACUUAUUUGUCGUAGUCGAAUAAAUAAUUAUAUAUCUAAGGUUUAUAUGAAUUUGAUUUAAAAUUGAUUGAGUAAGAAAGAAUUCUUGGCUUGUCGAAAGCAGUAUUUUGUCAAGCUGACGAACUUAUUUGGCCAAAGUAAACUAAACACGCGGCGUGCAGCUUUCGUUUGCCCAAACUGCGCCCAAUUCUUUAUUUUGUUUUUCCGAUUUUUUGAGGUAGUAAACAAAUUGUUUUUGUCGGAUUAUUAACUUAACAUUGGUACACUUUAUAAAAAGUCUUUAUUCUUCUAUAUUACAUAUGUUAUGCUUUCAGAGCCAAUGCUAAAAUGUGGCAUGAUCUUAGGCCGAACACCCUAUAUUUGCAAUUUUACAUCAAUUAAGUUCCUGAAGAGGACGUUAACUUUGUCUCAUCGAGUUUUAGCUUCUAAAAAUGAACCAGAUCAAGUUAAAACAGAAAGUACGGACAAGGUUUACGAUAUCAAAGAUAAUAUAUACACCAUUCCUAAUGCUUUGUGUGUUACUAGGUGAGUGAUGUUGUGUCAGUGAAUAAGCGAUUUAAAAAUGAGUUUUACAGGGAGUUUUUAUUUUAAAAUUGUAAAAUACGUUUUAAUAUAUGGCGAGAAUUUUUCAGAAUUUUUUAGAUUAACUUUUUUCAUCCUUUGUUUUAGGAUAGUGUUAACGCCAGUAAUAGGCUAUCUUGUGGUAACCGAGUCGAACUUGGCAGCUUGUAAUUUGUUUUUACUCGCUGGGUUUACGGACCUUAUUGAUGGACAGAUUGCUCGUGCUUUUCCAAGUCAACGUUCUCUUCUCGGCACGAUGUUGGAUCCGGUAGCGGAUAAAUUACUCAUCAGCACGUUAUUCAUCACGUUGGCUUACGCUCAUUUGAUUCCUGGUAAAAUCUUUGUGUUUUUGUUGUAUUUUUAGGUUUAAAAUGAACAAAGAAGCAUUUUAAGAUUAUUUUCUUUCAAGCUUCAGAACACUAUUUUGAUAAUCAUGUUUGUUAUGUAUGACAACAUCAGUUCUUUAUGAUUAGUUGAUGUAAACUAAACUUCAGUACCCCUAAGCGCCCUUGUCAUUCUCCGAGAUGUUUUAUUGUUAGCUGGGGCUUUUCGACAUCGUUUCCAAACUUUACAACCUCCAUUUACAAUCAAACGCUACUUUGACCCUUCAGUAUCAUCGAUAGAGAUUAAUCCUACAUUUGCCAGUAAAUUGAAUACUGUUUUACAAAUCUUUUCAGUUGCCGGGGCAUUAGCUGCUCCUGUACUUGAUUUUCAAGAUCAUCCUGUACUGUAUGGUCUAUGGUAAGGGUACUUUUAUUUAAUCUUGGAUUUUAGGCAAUAUUUUCACCAAAAACUUGAGGACGAGGUAAAAGUUAUAAAAAUACGAUUUUUCUGUUUUUUGAACUUGUAGGGCUUAGGUUUUAACUUUUAUGGUUUUUCAGGUUACUAACGGCAGCUACAACAACGUACUCCGGCUUGCAAUACAUUGGGGGCAAAGCAAUCAAGCACGUCAAACCACCAGGUCUUUAG